AUGAUAAGUGCAAUCAAACUGUUGGCGAGUGCGGGCACUCCUAUAGUCAAGAGUGUGGUCAUGUCCGGCAUCAGUGAUCACAAGACUGUCAUCUCCGGAGGGAACAACGAAUAUUGUAAGCUUAAUGUCGGCGGAAGUCUUCACUACACAACGAUCGGAACGCUCACCAAAAAUGACUCAAUGCUUAGGGCUAUGUUUAGCGGAAGAAUGGAAGUGUUAACUGAUUCCGAAGGUUGGGUUUUGAUCGACAGGUGCGGCAAACACUUCUCAUCGAUUCUCAACUUCUUGAGAGACGGUUCCGUUCCGUUACCCGAAUCGCAGAGAGAACUCAUGGAACUGUCUUCCGAAGCGAAAUACUAUCUGAUUCAAGAGUUGAUCGACUCGUGCGAACAGCAGUUGUCCUUCUGGAGGGAACCGACAUCUUCUGAGCCCAUUUGCAGAGUUCCGUUAAUCACAUCCGCCAAAGAAGAGGCGCAUCUCAUAAACACAACGACUAAACCAAUUGUGAAACUAUUGAUUAAUCGACACAACAAUAAGUAUUCCUAUACCAGUACUUCAGAUGAUAAUCUUCUCAAGAACUUAGAGCUGUUCGACAAACUUUCGCUGCGAUUCAGUGGUCGCGUCCUAUUUAUCAAAGACGUGAUCGGAAGCAAUGAGAUCUGUUGCUGGAGUUUCUACGGUCACGGCAAGAAAGUGGCCGAAGUUUGUUGCACUUCCAUUGUAUACGCGACCGAUAAAAAGCACACAAAGGUGGAGUUUCCUGAAGCGCGCAUAUAUGAGGAGACGCUGAAUAUAUUGCUGUACGAGAACAGGACGGGUCCAGACAUGGAGCUGAUGCAGGCGACCAGCACUAGGGGUGCCGUCUCUAUGACUUCGCAUAAUAGCGACGACGAGGAGGAGAACAACCGGAAGAGUACAUCCAAUGGCAAAGAAGGCAAGGAUUCGAGUCAUCACAUCGGAAGGAUUCGCAGCACUAAACAAAACUAACGAUCGAUUCUUAUCCUAAUUUAUAUCUAAAUUAUUAUUUUCUAUCAAUUCUUUGCCAACAAUUUGAUCGUCAAAUGAUUGACAAGUUUUUGUAACUUUUCUGCUCUCAUGAGUUGACUACAUAUUAUAAACAGAUUGUGUGCUAAAUCUCGGGCUAAGAGACUAAAAAGUGUUUUAAGUGUUUGAUAAUAUAUAUUAUUAUUAUUAUUAUUACUACUUUUUGAUCGAUUCUCUAAAUCUUGUAUAUCAUGAAAC